UUGGGGGCGCGGAAGGAGGCGAGGUUCCGGGGGUGGGGCGGCUAGGAGGGGAAAAGGCGAGCGGGCUAGCCGACCGCGGCGAAGUUAGGCGGCCGCGGCAGAGGAGGAGGAGGAGGAAGAGGCGGCGGGGGUGCGGCCGCCAAGGGGAGCUCCUCCCCCGUUCCCUCACCCCCCUCAGUUCAGCUCCUCGAGCCCCGGGCGGGGCGGGGGGACGUGGAGCGGGGCAGGGCGGGGGAGCCGCCCCGACUCGGGCCGGAGCGCACCCCAGCUCGGAGCGCUCGCCGCUUGGUGGAACUUUGUGGUGGCGCCGCAGGUGUGGGGGCCCGCGGAGGUGUGCAUGUGGGGCGUGAGGGCGUCGCGGAGAGUGGCCGCAGCCCUGUCCGACCCCCGCUGGAGUAGCCUGGACGAAGCGAGCAAAGAGAAAGGUGUGUGCCCUCUUCCUGAUACUGGAGAAAAAUGCCAGUCCGGAAGCAAGACACCCAGAGAGCAUUGCACCUUUUGGAAGAAUAUCGUUCAAAACUAAGCCAAACUGAAGACAGACAGCUCAGAAGUUCCAUAGAACGGGUUAUUAACAUAUUUCAGAGCAACCUCUUUCAGGCUUUAAUAGAUAUUCAAGAAUUUUAUGAAGUGACCUUACUGGAUAAUCCAAAAUGUAUAGAUCGUUCAAAGCAGUCUGAACCAAUACAGCCUGUGAAUACUUGGGAAAUUUCCAGCCUUCCAAGCACUACUGUGACUUCAGAAACACUGCCAAGCAGCCUUAGCCCUAGUGUAGAGAAAUACCGGUAUCAGGAUGAAGACACACCUCCUCAAGAGCACAUUUCCCCACAAAUCACUAAUGAGGUGAUAGGUCCGGAACUAGUUCAUGUCUCAGAGAAGAACCUGUCAGAAAUUGAGAAUGUCCAUGGAUUUGUUUCCCAUUCUCACAUUUCACCAAUAAAGCCAACAGAAGCUGUACCUCCCUCUUCUCCCACUGUCCCUGUGAUCCCUGUCCUGCCAGUCCCUGCUGAGAAUACUGUCAUCUUACCCACCAUACCACAGGCAAAUCCUCCUCCAGUACUGGUCAACACAGAGAGCUUGGAAACGUCAACUUAUGUUAAUGGCACUGAUGCAGAUUACGAAUAUGAAGAAAUCACACUUGAAAGGGGAAAUUCAGGGCUUGGUUUCAGCAUUGCAGGAGGUACGGACAACCCACACAUUGGAGAUGACUCAAGUAUUUUCAUUACCAAAAUUAUUACAGGGGGAGCAGCUGCCCAAGAUGGAAGAUUACGGGUCAAUGACUGUAUAUUGCGAGUAAAUGAAGUAGAUGUUCGUGAUGUGACACAUAGCAAAGCAGUUGAAGCAUUGAAAGAAGCCGGGUCUAUCGUACGCUUGUAUGUAAAAAGACGGAAACCGGUAUCAGAAAAAAUAAUGGAAAUAAAGCUCAUUAAAGGUCCUAAAGGUCUUGGGUUCAGCAUUGCUGGAGGUGUUGGAAAUCAACAUAUCCCUGGGGAUAAUAGCAUCUAUGUAACCAAAAUAAUUGAAGGAGGUGCAGCACAUAAAGAUGGUAAACUUCAGAUUGGAGAUAAACUUUUAGCAGUGAAUAGUGUGUGUUUAGAGGAAGUUACUCAUGAAGAAGCAGUAACUGCCUUAAAGAAUACGUCUGAUUUUGUUUAUUUGAAAGUGGCAAAACCCACAAGUAUGUAUAUGAAUGAUGGCUAUGUACCACCUGAUAUUACCAACCCUGCUUCUCAACCUGUUGAUAACCAUGUUAGCCCAUCUUCCUACUUGGGCCAUACACCAGCAUCACCAGCCAGAUACUCACCUGUUUCAAAAGCAAUGCUUGGAGAUGAUGAAAUUACAAGGGAACCUAGAAAAGUUGUUCUUCAUCGUGGCUCAACAGGCCUUGGUUUCAACAUUGUAGGAGGUGAAGAUGGAGAAGGAAUAUUUAUUUCCUUUAUUUUGGCUGGAGGACCUGCUGAUCUUAGUGGAGAGCUGAGAAAAGGAGAUCGUAUUAUAUCGGUAAACAGUGUUGACCUCAGAACUGCCAGCCAUGAGCAAGCAGCAGCUGCUUUGAAAAAUGCUGGCCAGGCUGUCACGAUUGUUGCACAAUAUCGGCCUGAAGAAUACAGUCGUUUUGAAGCCAAAAUACAUGACUUACGGGAGCAGAUGAUGAAUAGUAGCAUUAGUUCAGGAUCAGGUUCUCUUCGAACUAGCCAGAAGCGAUCCCUCUAUGUCAGAGCCCUUUUUGAUUAUGACAAGACUAAAGACAGUGGCCUUCCCAGUCAGGGAUUGAACUUCAAAUUUGGAGAUAUCCUCCAUGUUAUUAAUGCUUCUGAUGAUGAAUGGUGGCAAGCCAGGCAGGUCACACCAGAUGGGGAGAGUGACGAAGUUGGGGUAAUUCCCAGUAAACGCAGAGUUGAGAAGAAAGAACGAGCCCGGUUAAAAACAGUGAAAUUUAAUUCUAAAACAAGAGGAGAUAAAGGGCAGUCAUUCAAUGACAAGCGUAAAAAGAACCUCUUUUCCCGAAAAUUCCCCUUCUACAAGAACAAGGACCAGAGUGAACAGGAAACAAGUGAUGCUGACCAGCAUAUAACUUCUAAUGCCAGCGAUAGUGAAAGUAGUUACCUAAUCUUGAUUACAGAUGAGUAUGGCUGCUCAAAAGGUGGUCAAGAGGAAUAUGUCUUAUCUUAUGAGCCAGUGAAUCAACAAGAAGUUAAUUAUACUCGACCAGUGAUCAUAUUGGGACCUAUGAAAGACAGGAUAAAUGAUGACUUGAUCUCAGAAUUUCCUGACAAAUUUGGAUCAUGUGUUCCUCAUACAACUAGACCAAAACGAGACUACGAGGUAGAUGGAAGAGAUUAUCAUUUUGUGACUUCAAGAGAGCAGAUGGAAAAAGAUAUUCAAGAACAUAAAUUUAUUGAAGCUGGCCAGUAUAACAACCAUCUGUAUGGAACAAGUGUUCAGUCUGUGCGGGAAGUAGCAGAAAAGGGCAAACACUGUAUCCUCGAUGUGUCUGGAAAUGCCAUAAAGAGAUUACAGAUUGCACAACUUUACCCAAUCUCCAUUUUUAUUAAACCCAAAUCCAUGGAAAAUAUCAUGGAAAUGAAUAAGCGUCUAACAGAAGAACAAGCCAGAAAGACAUUUGAAAGAGCCAUGAAACUGGAACAAGAAUUUACUGAACAUUUCACAGCUAUUGUACAGGGAGAUACGCUGGAAGACAUUUAUAACCAAGUGAAGCAGAUCAUAGAAGAACAGUCUGGUCCGUACAUCUGGGUUCCAGCAAAAGAAAAGUUAUGAGGACUGAUAUUUCUCUGUUUCUCUUUUCCACGAUCUCAUUUUCUCUGACACUGCUUUGCCCUUUCCUUUUGGAGUCUGUCUACAAUACUCCCUCCACAUUGAAUCAUAUCCCACUCAUCAUGGUCUGCAGUUGUGCUUAGUUUUGACAUCUAGGGUCUCCUUCAAGUUGUAGCAUCUGUAUUAUUUUAUGUCACUAUUGGUUUGUGGCCAUUUUUCAGAACUGAAGAUGGAAUGGCCUGACCAGCUAUUAAGGAUUUGGGGAGACUGGGAAAUUGUGGUAAAAUUCCUUAAUGUUUAAGGGAAAUAAGAUUUUCAGAAAAGCUUUAUAUACAUUCUUUUCAAAUUUCAGUAUAAAUGAAAGAAAAGUGGUGUUAAUCAGUGAUUUAGUAAACUUUGAGCAACAGUGCACGCUUAACUUUAAUAGCAUGGUUUGGCCAAUAUAUUAACUUUCAAGUCCUUAUCUCAGUUGACUUGUGUUAUCCAAACAAAUAUUUCAUUAUAGACAAAUAAGGAAAAUAUGUUUUUUAAUUUCAAAAUUAAUGUCUGCAUUAACUUUCAUAAUUUCACAAAGGGAUAUUCAUUUUUCAGAAGAGUUCUUCGUGUUUUUCAUUAUUUGAGGGGUUUUUUUCUCAAUACAUUUGCUAGGAAUAGCGGUGUUAUAAAUGUUUUUAAUCUACUUGUACAGCACUAUUUAUAGUGUCUUACAAAAGUUGUUCAUACAUAACGAUCAUCACAUUUUCUGAAUUGAGGCCAUGUUUAGGUGCUAGGGGAGCUCACCUUUUACACAUAAGGUUGAGGAAAUUUCACAGACAUAAAUACAGACAGAACAGACAUUACAGUGAUGAUGUAGUAAUCAUUAUGGCAAUGGAAAAGGAGUCCAAUUCAUAGUCUAAAACUUUAAAUGUAUUCUUAGGGAUCAGAUUUUAAUGAAUAUUUUACCCACAGUAACUGCCUAUUUUGUUAUAAUAAAAUAUAUAUAUAUAUAUAUA